CGUGUCCCCGCCCCCUCCUGGUCCAACGCCGGUCCCCCGGGAGCUCCAGAGCCCCGGACCCCGGGAGAAGGAGCUCUCCGCCGGGACAGAGGAGUCAUAAAGAGUCGGGGAGGGAGGGGAUGAGAUUUCUCGCUGCCCAAUCCCCCUUUUCCCGCGGGAGCCGCAGCCUUCCACGGUCCGUCCCUCCCUCUUGUUUGCUAAUCAUUUCACUUUACUCCUUUUUGAAGCAGUGGCUUGUUUUUUUAUCCCACUUUUCAUUUUUCCACAAUCCGCGGCUGCUCGCCUCCCUCUGAUCCCCGGCUCUCCCCGCUCCGUUCUCCCAGAGUCAGGCACUCCGGAUCCCGGCUGAUUGUGCUCCGUGUCUCUGCCACGGCUCCUCUGAGAUGCUCUCCCCGCUCUCCGCUCCUCUCUCCGCCCUCUUUUAACUUCAGAGACGCCGCUUUAAAGCCCGUGCUGCUGCGAGCUGGGGCUGGGAUCUAAAACAAGCCCGAAGAAACCCAGAGGGAUCCGGGGCUCUUCUCUGGAUCAGGACCCGGUACUUUGGGGAAGCUCGCUGGUGUGUCCCCCACCCCUCCUCCUCCCCUCCUUCCUCCUCCUCAUCGCUCCUCUUCUCCACCUUAAUCCAGGUGGUCCUUUGGCUUUUUUGAGUGGCUGGUACAGGGAGGAUUAUUCUUCUUCUUCUUUCUUGUUUCUGGUGAAGACAAAGCUCCCAGAAGGACACUUUGAUGUUCUCCAUCCAGGACAGCCUCCCCCGGGGGGCCCUGACCAUGAAGGAGGAGCCGCUCCCCACCGGCAUGACCCCGGUCCGUUCCUGGAUGCAGGGCGCAGGGAUUUUGGACGCGAACACAGCGGCCCAGAGUGGAGUGGGUUUAGCCCGAGCUCACUUUGAGAAGCAGCCUCCAUCCAACCUGAGGAAGUCCAACUUCUUUCACUUCGUGCUGGCGCUGUACGACCGCCAGGGUCAGCCGGUGGAGAUCGAGAGGACGUCCUACGUCGACUUUGUGGAGAAAGACAAGGAGUACAACGGAGAGAAGACCAACAACGGGAUCCACUACAGGCUACAGCUGCUCUACAGCAACGGCAUCAGGACAGAACAGGAUCUCUAUGUUCGGCUGAUAGACUCCAUGACCAAACAGCCGAUCCUGUACGAAGGUCAGGACAAGAACCCGGAGAUGUGCCGCGUCCUCCUCACCCACGAGAUCAUGUGCAGUCGGUGUUGUGACAAGAAGAGCUGCGGGAACCGCAACGAGACGCCCUCCGACCCCGUCAUCAUCGACAGAUUCUUCCUGAAGUUCUUCCUCAAGUGCAACCAGAACUGUCUGAAAAACGCAGGAAACCCUCGAGACAUGAGGAGGUUUCAGGUGGUGGUUUCCACUACAGUCAACGUGGACGGUCACGUCCUGGCCGUGUCAGACAACAUGUUCGUGCACAACAACUCCAAACAUGGCCGCCGCGCCCGACGCCUGGACCCCUCUGAAGCAGCCACGCCCUGCAUCAAAGCCAUCAGUCCGAGCGAGGGCUGGACGACCGGCGGAGCCACAGUCAUCCUCAUAGGGGACAACUUCUUCGACGGCCUGCAGGUCGUCUUCGGCACCAUGCUGGUCUGGAGCGAGCUCAUCACCCCUCACGCCAUCCGGGUCCAGACUCCCCCUCGUCACAUCCCCGGGGUCGUGGAAGUCACGCUGUCCUACAAGUCCAAACAGUUCUGCAAAGGAGCUCCGGGACGCUUCGUCUACACCGCCUUGAACGAGCCGACCAUCGACUACGGCUUCCAGAGGUUACAGAAGGUCAUCCCUCGCCACCCCGGGGACCCCGAGAGGUUACCUAAGGAGGUGCUGUUGAAGCGAGCCGCUGACCUGGUUGAAGCUCUGUACGGGAUGCCACACAACAACCAGGAGAUCAUCCUGAAGCGAGCAGCCGACCUCACCGAGGCGCUCUACAGCGUCCCCCGCAGUCACAACCAGCUGCCGUCUCUCACCGGCUCGGCCGCUCACUCGGGGAUGAUGGGAGUGAACUCGUUCAGCAGUCAGCUCGCCGUCAACAUCUCCGAGGCCUCGCAGGCCGACCAGGGUUACUCCCGCAACUCGAACAGCGUGUCUCCUCGCGGCUACGUGCCGAGCUCCACGCCUCAGCAGUCCAACUACAACACCAUCACGUCCACCAUGAACGGAUACGGAGCGGCGGGUAUGACCAACCUGGGCGUACCAGGAUCCCCCAGCUUCCUCAACGGCUCCACCGCCAACUCUGCUUACGCAAGCCCUUAUUCAUUCUCUCCUGUCCAUAUGGUUUCUGCAGUCAAACAGAAGAGCGCCUUCGCCCCUGUUGUGCGGCCACAGACCUCCCCGCCCCCCACCUGCACCACCACCAAUGGCAGCAACCUCCAGGCCAUGGCAGGUCUCAUCGUGCCCCCCAUGUGAGGACGAGUCUCAGCCAGAUCCCGUCAGAGCCCCCCAUACCCCAGUGUCGACGGCCCCACCCACCUGAAACGCCACAACAACAACAACAGCAGAGAAUGAUCCUUCCCAUCAUCCCUCAGUCCGGCCGACCCCGUCUGACCCCGGACUGACCACCGGAGGAGAAACUCAAAUCAGACAAUGACAUCAUCACGCUCAUCUUUUUCUGAUGAAGCCUCUGCAGACGUCGGCUCGGAUCAUUUAGAGGAACACCUGAGACAGACAGCGUCUGCAGCGGCUCCACGUCCAGGUCAGAGGUCAGAGGUCAGGGGUGUGACCUGAGGGUGGGAGGGCAGGUGUCUGUGUGAGUAUUUGUUGUGCUGAGUAAUGAAACAGGUUCUUCUGUGGAGACUGAACAGGUCUCAGAUCAGUUUGAACCACUGUGAGACAGGGAGGGAGGGGGCGUGGCCACCGGGAGCUUCUGUGACCUCACACUGGACCAGGUCCUGACUCCAUCUGACCAGUCUGCUUCCAUCAGUCGAUUAAAGGACCAUUCCACUGUUUUUGUUUUAGCCUUUUAAUAAGAAUCACGUUUAGAAAUUCAGAUGUUUUUUGUUUUUAUCUUUCAGCAGCUGUUUAUUCUGGAUUCCAUUUAUUUGAAAGAUGAAAUGAAAAUGAAUUCACAGACUCUUAAACUUGCUUUAGAAUGAGUUAAAGUUUAAAAGACUUUUCAAAUCAUUUUUUACCUUAAUGGAGUUCAGCACAGGCCUGACACCGAGACCAGGACUCGGCCUGAUCCGGCCUCGGUCCGACCGGAGCCGGCUGAAACCUCCUCGUAUUAGACUGGAACCAGACCCGAGACAUGAAGCUGAAUUUUUUCUGAAUUUCAUUUAUUAUCUAAAUUAAAUCUUUAUUCAGCCGAACAUCCCAAACACCCCCCCAGCCCAGCAUCAAGCAGUAUCACCUUUAUCUCAUCAGAUCUAAUUUGACUUGUUUUGAGAUAAAAAAUGUUCAGAAAUCCUCUGUAGUUGGUUUCAUGCUGCAGACGAUGGUCCUUUAAUCGUAGAGUUAAAACUCUUUAUUGAAGAAUGAAAACUGGUGACAAGGUUUCACUGAGAAAUAAAACAGUCAACACUUCACCAGCGAGCUGCAGACUACGAACUAUAUUCUGGCUAAAAUACAAUCUCCACUUACUGGAGUUAUAGAUACAAGACGAAUUCGAUUGGUUCUCGCUGGAUCAGAAGCUCCCGCUGGAUCCUAAACCCGAGUCGGACUGAGUCCAGAAACGAGGAAGAAUCAAACCUUUUUACAAACCUGGACAAACCGUCAGACGUUUUCCACAUUUGACGGGUUUCCAAUCAGAAAUCCCAGAAUCCCCUGCUCCCACAAAACCCAGAGGACCAGACUCUUUAAAGACCACUGAUCAAUAUCACGUCUGAUAGCAUUUUCCUUUCUGUACCAUAGCUUUUAAUUCAUGUUUGUCUCUUACGCUAAAAAGGAGGAAAAAGCAUUAAUUUUCUAAGCUGAAGAGAGAAUUAACACACGUCCUGCCGAGGAGAGAAGAGCAGAUGUUACAGAUGUUACACUAACAUUUGUCCGAAUAAAGUCGAGGUUUUUCAUUUUCCUUUCCUUCUCACUUUAGUUUGGUUUUGUCUCAUUUUGAUCCAGUACAAUAGUUUUGUUUUUGCGGGUGUGUCGAGUGGUAGAUUUUAAGCAGAAAAAGCUUGCAGCAGUUUUAAUCACAUUUAGGUACCAGAUUCUCUUGUUAUUCUUCUGAUUGUGCUUAUUUUAUAUGUAUUUAUAAAGUAUGUUUUGGGGAGUUCCUUUUGUGAUUUAGGCCUGAAUGAUAGUCUCAAAUAUAUAUGUAAACACAUUUGAUGUCUUAAUACCUUUUAGAUAUUGUAAAAAGAGUGAACAAGUGAGAGGAAUUAACCCUUUUGUAAAAACAACACGACGUCAUGACGUGGUCAAAAAACGCUUUCAUCACUUUUGUAUAAAAAUGCUUUUCCGAUACGAUAUUUAACUUUUUGUAAACAGCAUCAUUUGUGUUUCCCCUGGUUCUUCUCGUCCUUUGUGUAUUAUUGUGAAAUGUAUAAUCAUGGUUAUUUCUUAAUGCACUAUUUUUGUUGGGGCACUUAAUAAGAGCAAUGCAUCUUAGCAAAAAAGAAAAAAAGCUGAAAGUAAAAAAGAAAAAAGAAAAAAAAAGAUGAAAGCUAGAACGAUAUGCACCAAUAUGUUUUUUCUGCCGUUCUGAAAACGGCACAAAUCCUUGUCAUGUGAAAUUUUUAUAUUUCAGAAGCUUAUAAUGUCAUAAUAUUCCACCACUCUUACUUUUGGGCCGAGCGUAUCUCUUGGUCUCGGUGUUUAGAAGAUAAUAUUUUAUCCAUCUUAAUAUUAGAGCCGACCCUCGUCUUUGUGUUUCUUGGUGAGAAUGAUUGUUCGAUUUAAAAACAGGCAGCAGAUUUUAAAACCACAGUUUUCACUGAUCUCAAGGAAACUUCCAUGGAUGUUGGUGUUGUUGUUGAUGGUGCUGUUCUCGUCCUCACACACGAUCCCCAUCAUUUACUUAUGCAACUGUGUUCCUGUUCUGUAACGCGAGCUCGUCUUCCACUCCGCUGUGGAGACGUUCGGCGAAUUAGAAGAAACAAACGUCCUGUUUGAUGCCUUACGAUUGACCACACUUCAACACAGACUCUUCUCUUAGGUUUUCAUUCGCCGAAGUUUUAGCGAUUAUCGUACGUUUCCGUUGAGUUUGUGAUUUGAUUCAUUUGAUGAGCCGUUCCCCAGUUUCACUGCGAGAACUUUUAUUUUUCUGCACCAAAUAUUUGUCCCUCAGGUUCCCCAGGUAAUAUAACGUUAGCAUAGCACUGAUGUUAAACUGAAGAAGCUACGUUAGCGGUUAGCCUUUCAGAUCACAACACAGUCCAGGAGUUUACUACAGAAGUGCACCUUGCUCACGUAAGAAAGAAAUAAUUAUUACUUCCUUAUCACAUGAUUAUAAUUUAGCAUCUCACAAGAAAUUACAAUGAAACGUUUAUGGUUCAGAUUACAUUAAAACUCAUAAUUACAGCAUCAGUGUGUCAUAAAAAAGAAUCUCGUAAAUCUUAUGAUUAAAGAUCCGGAUCCCAAAUUCACAAGAAAUCCACCUCACCUCAGUGGGCUGUGGGCUACUAUGCAUUUCAUAUGUCAAAAUUACAUGAAACCUAAUUUAUUAUUAUUGAUUUCUCACAAUCAUGAGAAAGUGUUUCAUAAUUCCAAGAUUCAAACUCAUUUAUCAGUUCCCCAGUGAAACAGUCUCACACUUAAAGGACCAGUGUGAAGGAUUUAGAGGAAACUAUGAACAGAAAUGUCAAAUAAGAUUCAUAAUCAUGUUUUCAUUAUUGUAUAAUAAUCACCUGAAACUAAGAAUCACUGUGUCUUCGUUAGUUUGGAAUGAGCGCUUCAUAUCUACACAGGGAGGGGGUCGUCUUCCACGGAGCCGCCAUGUUGCACCACCAUGUUUCUACGGUAGCCCAGAGCGGACAAACCAAACACUGGCUCUAGAGGGAAGGCCUCCGUAGAUUCUCCUACACACUUGGAAAGGGGGGGGGGGGG